GACGGCGCGAGUCUUAAAACCCGUCUUGCCAGUGAGGAAUGACAUCUGGAGAUCAAAUAGAAGCUAACGGUUCUUCCACCUUACGACGAUAUAGACCUACACCACUGAUCAAGUCUCGCGUCCCGGUCACCGGUAGUGGCCCCAUGAUGACGAUGGACGUAGCAGGUGGGGGCGGGGGCAAAGCUGGGGACACUGUGACCAAAGGCAGUGGCGCCGGCCAACCUGGGGGACAAACGGGAGCGCAGGAAUGUGCCGGGUGCUGUAAACCAAUCACGGAGAGGUUUCUGCUCAAAGCGCUGGACAUGUUCUGGCAUGAGGAUUGUCUGAAGUGUGGGUGCUGUGAUUGUAGGCUUGGAGAGGUAGGAUCAACGUUAUACACCAAAGCAAAUCUCAUACUCUGCAAGAGAGACUACCUUCGUCUAUUUGGCAACACAGGCUACUGUGCAGCUUGUUCAAAGGUGAUACCUGCCUUCGAAAUGGUGAUGAGGGCUAGAAGCAAUGUAUACCACCUGGAAUGUUUCGCAUGUCAACAGUGCAAUCACAGAUUCUGUGUAGGCGACAGAUUCUAUCUAUGUGAAAACAAAAUACUCUGCGAGUAUGACUACGAAGAACGUUUAGUAUUUGCGAAUAUGGCGUACAAUCCACCAUCUUUAUCGCAUCUCAAAAGGCAGACGUCGAUACCUCCGGUGUCACUCCCCGGCCACCUCCUGAACGGCGUAACCCCAGGCACCGCCCCAGGCGGCGGUCGACCGCCCCCACUGCCUCCCAGCAACGGUGACAUGAACAACAACAUGUCAGGUGGAGGAGGAGCAGGCCCACCCACUCCAGGCGGUGCCAACAGCCAAUCGCCGUUUGGAUCCGCCCACAAGAAUGGCCCCCCUCCACCCAUGCAACUGGGGACGGCAACCAGCUGAAAGUACUACAUGCAACAGCGCAGACUGUGAUGAUGCAACUGUUACUAGGUGAUAGUGAUAAGGUCGUUGAUUGUAGGUUUAAGUUGUUUUCGUGGAGGAAAACCACUUGGUGACUGAAAAUGUGCAAUAAGGGCUAUUCUAGUAAAAGUGUGAUUAUUAGUUUGGACUUCUCACGUUGAAAAUGUCGAUUAGCAUCGAAUCUUAUACACGGUGUUAAUAUAGUAUCUAACCAAACUUAAAGCGAUGAUUGCUAUGGGGGUUUUUAGACCAAUUUGAGAGUUUAUACAGGAUGUAAAGUUAUGGGUGGAUCAACCGAAGCCAGACGGUAACGGACCUCACUAACUUACUAAUUGGACAGAUCUCUAAUUUAACUAUGUACAGUCAGAACAACAGGUCUACCAUUUUCAAAAACGUAGAUCAGGUAAUGCUUCGUUUUUAUGGCAUAGGGUGUUAAACUGUUUUCGAAUCUAUAGAUUUUUCGUAGAAGUGUCAAUUCUUCUUCAAUCUGUAAUGUUUGUUGAUUUUCAACAACCACAGUCGUAUCGCUGGAAAUUUAAAUCAAGCUAAUGCAGCAAAACACGUCAAAAACCUAAACGUAUGAAAAAUAUAUUAAAUUCCACCAAAUUCAAACAUAAGCGGCUAAAACGCAGUUACGACUAACAAAAAAACAAACUUUCGAUGAAGAGUGACACUGUAUCUCUAUGAGAAAAAUUCCUGAAUGACUGAGUUAAUGAAUACUUUAUUCCUUUUAACAUAAAUACAAUCUUACAAGAGGUUGGGUUGGAUAUUUUAAGACUAGAAACAGUAUUCAAAUAAGUACACCUAACCUUUCGGAGAAAGAUUCGAUAUCAACAACAUUUCUCUCAGUUCAGCCAGUCGUAUUUUUAUGAUACAUGGGGCAUUCUGAAAAUAUGUGUGUUAAAGUUUAAUACAUUUGCAUAUUCCAGAUUGUAUCAAGUUCUCAAGGAUUUAUAAUGUGUCCCUGAAUGAGAAUUCAAGCAAAGAAUUAUUUGCCACUACACGUGUUACAGAGAUGGAAAUCUUGAACAUGUAUUUCGGAUAGUUCCUCUUUAAUGUGAAGCUGUUAAAAAAUGUAGGGAAUGUGGAGGUAAUGAUUGCAAGUUUGUCUCGUUGAAACAUGAGAAUUUCAUAGGUUUCUAUAAUCAUAUAAUACAAAUUCCUGCGGAUGCCUAUGCCUAUAUUUAUAUAAAGCUUUUGCUUCCCGUAUGUCUGUCUCCAAGUCUAAAUCUAUAUGACACUGAUGAGCUGCAAAUGAGCACGGAACAACGCUGUCUGCGGUUGGUCAUGAUUAUAGAGACGGAAAACAAACAUGUCCGUUUGCGUGUGUCCAUCUAUAAAUAUAUGCAUAGAUAGCCCAGUGCUGAUUUGCCUCAUGAAAACUUGAUACUUCCUCUCCUUGACGGGACGACCGUAACGGUGGUGCGACAUCUAUCUGUGCGUAGGUCUCAGUAGGUAACGGUCGACAGAUUUUCACCUACUUGCGCACAAUUUGUAAUUUUAUUCUGAGGAUCACCCAAAGUAAUCGCGCUUUGGACAGGUAUUUUACUAAUACCCUGUAUACAAAAUGACUCAAAUCGUCAAAUUAUUUCCCACUUAGUUACAAGUAAACACUGGUGCAAUCGUAGGAAAUGAAAAUUGACGAGGAACGUCGUAAUCGUAACUAACUGGAUGUGUUGAACCUACGAUGUGAAAGACCGUAUCCAAAGAUUGGACAGUAUUUUCGAUACUUUCAGAUUUAGUGGUCUCCAAGAGGUUUACCUCGAUGUUACUAUUAUAGGUGAUAUCUGAUCUUUGAGUCAUCAAUGUGCCAUACAAAUAUAGAAUCAUCUUAGUAUGUAUUUCAAGCAGAUCUGAAAGAAAAGGAACAUGUUACCUCUUUUGUGUAUAAUGUAAUAAGUUAAUCAAGGAGAAAGUUUCUCAUUUCAAAUCAAACGUGAUUUUUCCAGGUUAUGAAAGACAUCCAUUCUUUGGACCAUUACAUUUGAUCUGAGGAAACUUCCUCAAUUCUAGUACUAUCUAUAAACCACCUACAUAUAUUUACGCUAUGUACAUAUUUUAGAAUAAACUUGAUCGUUUUCCGAUCAAAGCUCAACAUGUAUACUAUGUCUAAGCAUUAGUGCUAUGCAAUUUGUUCAUAAUAAUUAUCCUUUUGUUAUCUUUCAUAGUAAUUGUUCUGUAACUAUGUAUAUAAAUGUUAUUUCGUUUUCGAAAAAAGUAAUUCAAUAUUGCUUCAGAAACCUCUAUGUUAAUGUAGAUAAGUUACAAACUUCCGACUUCCGAGGUUUCAAUCACUUUUACAUCAGAUGCAGUUACGUUUUGUUCCUCUCAACUAGGGUGACCCUACCAUGCUGUGAGGUGUGAUGAUAAGAUGAUUGGGUUCCCGCUACACUGUAUAUAUUUAUAAAACUGUACUAUACAAUCGUUAGAUACUGCAAAAUGCAUGUUUAUAAUGCCUAUAGGUCAACGUUAUAGGAGAGAAAGAGGAUCAUGCCAACGGAUCUAGUUAUUGUAAUUGUUUUUUUGCAAAUAAAAAUAACGUUCAACUCUAUUCUAAAAAUAACAUUUUUUCAGAAAUUUUAAAUUUCGACUAGUAAGAACUGUUUGAAUUAACAACGAUAAAAGAUCCGAUGCUAAGAUUUUCUCAGUUAUUUUAUUUUGAUUCUGAAUAUCACCGUGUAAAAAGGUUUUGUAUUAUUUCUUAUUGUGAACAUAAGGAAAUGUAUUGUCAUAUUUAAUCGAAUCAUAGAACUAUGCGAAAUAUUCUGUUCAACUAACUACUUUGUACUUUCUUAGUUGCCAUAUGUGUCCGCUAGUUGCCAAAAUUAUUAACUCAAUUUGAAAAAAAUCAAUAAACACUAUUUAGAAUCCUUGAAUAUAUUUCAACAAAAUUUGAAAGUCUCCAUGUCUUAAAUAUGUCAUUGCCAUCUAUUUAUAAAUGCUCUUACUGUUAGGAGAAAUCUCAAGUGCAAUACUGGAGCUAAAAACUUUUUAAACGUAAUGCCGUUUUGUCUACCAUCUUGUAUUUUAGCAGGUGUGUCCCCAAAAAGACCGAUAUUUUCAUAUGAUCAAGAUUAUUUGCCAAUUUAGGUACAGACCAUAUAGUUUAUUUACCUUUUUUAACGUAUCCAUGUGUGGCAAAAGUUCUCAGUCUGAUCAAUUACAGAAUGUAUGAAGGGAGCCAGUGGUAACCGAUACAUAUUUUUUAUUCUAUGUAGGAUCUCAUGCUAGACUAGACCAUUACAGGAGCAGUUGUAUCAAAUGUACCUGCCAAUUUUUAACUACUUCACACAGAGCAGUUGGAGUACUACUAUGUAAUACUUUCAUUGUAAUUGAUCAUUGAGAAGUCUGUACUUAUUAAUGGUAUAAUGAUUGCGCCCACGCACGUUUACAUCAUCAUCAGAAUACAUUAGAUCUCAUGUAUGUUUUAUUUCCACUUCAUUAUUAAGCACACCAUUAUUGAACCAAAAUAUGAAAAAAACUUUGACAGCGCAAGCACGAGAAGUAGCUGUUAUACUUUGUUGAGAAAAUACUCACUGUAAAAGUUUUUUAUACAUUCCACAAUACUGUAUUUUAGCCUAAUUCUGUUUAAGCUGCAGAAACAAUAUGUGUAGAUUUGUCGUUACUGAACCAAAUUAUUUGACCAAAGAUAAAUAAAUAUUUGAAGAAAU